AUGCAGGCAGACGACUGCAGCGACAGGUACGCGAGUUACCUGUGCACCAAAAUAAUAAAAUUCUUUAACUUAAAGAAUGAUGAACUGGAUGUAAAUUACAUAAAAUCUGUUUUAAACUGUAAAUCAUAUAGUUUGUACAGCUCAAUACACUUAAUAAAUGAAUCAUUUUUUGAAAAUAAUAAGAAUAUUAAAUACUCACGUAGCAGGGUAGAGAAAUUUACACAAGAACUAGUUGAUUCAAGAACAAAAUUUUUUGCCAGCGUUGAUGAAAACCAGUCAAAUGAUACCAUAACUGAUAAACAGAGUUUCAAUAAUUUUAUUGGUAAAACCAUAUGUGAUUAUUUUGAAAAUGUGUUUGAAGGAAAGAAUGACAUUACGGAAAGUAAAAAAGUGAGUGUAAACAAAAAUGUAAAUGUGGAUAUAAGUAAAAACGCAAAUACAAACAAAAAUGUAAAUGUGGAUAUAAAUACAUACAAGAACAAUACCAGCAAAAAAGAGGUACGCUGUGUUGUACAACAUAAAGAUAAAGCUAAAUCCGCCGAAGCGGAAUUAAAAGAAAGUACUUGUGUAAAAAGUAAAAAAAAAGAAAAUCAUAGUGAAGAGGAACAAAUACAAAAGAAGAAGGAUGUUUUAAAAAAAAAUAGUAAUGAGGAAAAUUGCAAUAAAUUAGUAAAGGUAGGCAUCACAUGCGAAGCAUCAGGAGAAGACAAAAUUGUGGAAACCAAUAGUACAUCGGUUGAAAAUGUACGGACUAAUGAAUUAAUAGGGGGUUUAAAAAAUAAAAGAGUUGAUGAAGAAUUUAAAGGAAAUACAAAAAAUGACGCAAACAAAAUAGGCAAUUUUGAAUUUAUAAAAAAUGUAGAAUUAAACACAUUAAAAAGUUGUAGUAACAGUAAUGAUAAUAAUAAUAAUAAUAAUAAUAAUAAUAAUACUGGUAAUAAUAAUGGUAAGAGUAAUAGUAAUCAUAAUAGUAAUAAUAGUGGUAAUAAUAAUGGUAGGGGAAAAAAAAGAGAGGACGAUUAUUUUUACAUUUUUAAAAUAAAGGAAAACAGUUAUUCGUUAAGGACAGUCAUAGAUUUCAUACAGGAAGAAAAUACAAAGUCGGACGAAGGUGUUAACCAAAAGAAUAACAAAAAAGAAAAAAAAAAGAGCAAGACCAUAUGUACAUGCAAUGGACAAAAUCACAAAAUUUAUGCCAACUGUUUAAUAUGUGGAAAAAUUUAUUGCACGAAAAUAAAAUAUAAAAUAUGUAUUUUUUGUGAAAACCAAUUAUAUGAAUCGUCCGUAAUAAAUAAUAUAUUCAUACCUACUGAAUGUGUAGAUAGUUCACCUAAAAAAACUCUGAUGGCAAUAAAAAAUGCAGACGCUUUCUUCCAUAAAUUUUAUUUUGAUUCAGGAAAUAGCUAUUUGAAGGAAGCCUUUAACCUACGAGAUAAAAUGCUAAGUAACUCUCAUAAUGAAGAGCAAACGAAAAUAAUUGAUGAUAGUAUUGAUUGGUUUGAGGACGAUAUUAAAAACGAAUUUAAUAAUUAUGAAAUACAUUUUUCUUGUUAUGACGACGAAGUAAAAAAUGAAAUUAUAGACAAAUAUACUGAAAUAUUCGGGAAGAGAUUCAGUGAUAUCAACAUCGACAUCGAUUUUGUAAAUAUGAAAAUAAAGGAAAAUAAGGACUACUUAAAUAUUAAAGAAUUUAAUGAAUAUUUAAAUGAAAAAGAAAAAGAGUAUAGAAGCAAAGUUGAGUGUAAAAAAGUGCUUGCUAUUAAUAGGAAUAACGUUAGCAAUUAUUUGUCAAAGAAACAAAGGGAAAAUUGCACUUACAUAAACGAUUUAAGGAUAUUAUUUCUUAAGGAAAAUAUAAUUACAGGUGAUAUGCCUUUAAAUAAGGAUAACGGGAAGGGGGGAAACAAAAAUGAAAGAAGAAAAGACGACAAAAAAGGAAAAAAAUACAAAUAUAACGUAUUAAGUGUUAGUGAAGAAGACGAAGAUGCCAUAUAG